GUUCAUAUAGUAUUCUGUGCAACAAAAUUGACUAAAUCAUACACUUGUACUUGAAUGUGAGCAUGUAUAUCUAAAAAGUACUAUAAUAUGUAUUGUUCUGUACAUACGUUUGGCUUUAUUUCAACAUAACAGAACUUUUGUGGCUAUCCCAAACAAUUAUUCAUAUUAGGGAAAAACACUUAAACAAUCCAGUAGAACACUUGAACGUGAUGACUAUUUAUGUCCAUCAAAACUGCUGAACGUUUAUCAGUCAAUCGAUGGUACACCCAAUUGGCAUCGUUAUUGUUACACUAUUGAACUAAGAAGUGUAAAAAAUAUUCAAGGUUUCGACCAUGAGUUACAACUUUACGCCAGAUAUGUAUAUCCAUUGUUUGGAAGUGGAGCCCCAGUUAUGACACUUCCACCGAUUGCCGUAGCCAGAAAUCAAGAGGUUAUUCUUCCGCAUGGGUUUUGUGCUUUCGAGUUUGCUGCAUCGCCUGAAGAAUUAAAAACUCGUCUUAAUGACAAUCCAUUGAAAGUGGAAUUUUUCGAUCGAUCACAAGGUACUUUAGCAACAGAUUCCUUCAUUGGAUAUUCCCUUAUACCUUUAGUAUCAGUCUUUGAAUCAUCAGUUGUUAAAGCCACAAAAGAAUCGUCUACUUUAGUCAGACGUAUAAAUGAUAAUGUUGACAUGUUAGCUGAACAAAGCAAUACAAAUGAAUUAAAAGUUGUUGGACAACUUGUCUAUUCAUUACAGUUAGAAGAUUUUGGUGCACAUACUGUAGAUAGUAAUGCAGCUGUAUUGGAUAUGACAAAGGGAUUAGUUCAUCAAAUAAAUGAUGAAAUCAAGUCUGAACCUUCAGAUAUACGAUCAACCCGUGAAUAUCAAGUGGCUAUUGAGCUAGAACUGUGGCGUGCAGCAGAAGAAGCCAAAUUCAUUGCUCAAUUAAAGAAACGAGAACAGACACUGAUGGCUACACUUGCUGAAGAAUGGCAUAAAAGAGAUAGUCAACGCGAAAUUAUAUGUCGUAAAAAGCUUUCUGAAUAUCAAGCUCUGGAGGAAAAAUUGCGCAAUACACUCAUUGAACUUGCUACUAGAGAGCGUCAGCUAACCGCAGGUGAGGCAGAAUUGGUACGCCUGAAACAAGAAAAUGCAAGGGAAUUGGAAGUUAGACGCAAAGAAUUGAAUCAACAGUCUCAAGUUCAGAUUCGCGAUUUAGAAAGUCAGAUGAAAUUGGAGAAAAAAAACUCUGAACAUUGGAAGUCACAAAUAGUUGAAUGGCGAAGUAAGUAUGCUUCUCUGGAGGAAGAGAAUAACAGUUUAAGAAAUGAAAUAAACUGCAGAUUGAAAAAGUCGGUAGAUAACAAAGCGUCCAACGAAACACCUUCGAUAAACAAUGAAGUAGCCCGACUGACUGCAGAAUUAGCAGUUGCUCGGGCUACACUAUCCGAAACAGAAUGCCGUUUAGUUGAAGUAGAACGUGGUCGAGCAAGAUACCGUCAGUUAUGGACGAAAUCUCUGCAUGAACUAGCCAAGGUAAAACAAGAAGCAGAUGAAGCUACUCGAAUUUCACUGGCACAAAAAGAAGCAGAACUUGAACAACUAAAGUCUUACUAUUUAAAUGUUGAUGAAAAACAACCAACUAGCCAAGAUUUAAAAGAAGCGACAGACUUGGAACGGUAAGUGAAUAUUUGGAAUGUCUAUUAAUCAAGUCGGCUCACGUAGUACUACAUGAGUGUCCCCUGCUUUUAGAAGAAUUUUAAUGUAAUUUAUAGACUAAUAGAAAAUAAGUUUUAAAUGUACCACUUUAAACAGAUAAAUUGAAGAACUUAAGGCAAUUUCAGCGAAGAGAAUUUUUCCUUCGAUCAUAGCAUUUGCUAAAACUGUACAAUCGUAUUUAAUAAGUAUAAAAAUUAGAAAUAAAGUAACACAGUCAAGAAGAUUAUCGUCACUGGAUUGAUUACCAAGCACAAUAAAUAACCGUUAAGCUAUACCAAAUGAUAUAACCGAAGAGGAAACCCUCGACGAUAAGACUAUCUUGAAUUGUUUCUUAAUAUGUCAGUAGAUGAUGCCCAGUUUUAUCUAAUGCGCUCUACCUCACUGACUACUAUUCUGAAAAUAUUGUAACUUAUUCGCGACUAAACUCACCAGUUAUUUAGCCGUCUUCUUAGAGUUGACGCUUCAGUUUUGUUGAUUAUGAGGCUUUUGCACUACAGAUAACUUUCUCGGUUUAUAUUUUUCCUUCUCAAAUCAUACAUAUACAUAUAUUUCCUAUGCUGAAUAUGCUUUCCGGUGAUUUUCAGCUUUUUGUAACAUCUAGUGAACUCAAGCGCCAUUAGACCAGAGCUAGGACAAUUGCGAUAAUUUCAAUGUUUUUUCCAGAGGACUGUAAGUUCGUAUACAUACACUCACAUUGUUUGCAGUUAUGAAGUUGUACUACUAAGUAAUCGCUUACAGCGUAACAACCAUCAAACAUUGAACGAUAGGACGUAAAUCACUAAUACGGAUGUUUAAUGUUUGACGUAAAACAGAGGGGUUAUUAGUAUCAACGUGGAGCAAAAUAAGAACUGUAAAAUAUAUUAUUCUCACAAUCAUUUAUGCGUUAGAAUUUGGACGUAAAAAAAUAAAUUGGUGUACAACUGCAGUCAGUUGUUCAAUAUUACCCAAACAAAGUUUUCAACAGGAGUUAUUUUAUUUUAACCCCUUGCUUCUAUGUUUCGUACGGAUCCGGAUGAUUAAUACACAAUAAAUGGACAGCAAAUAUUUGUAGAGUUGAUUGACAAGAUACAGAUAAAUACUUUCACGAAUAUACUGAAAUGAGUGACGAUUUGAAAAUUUUGAGCAAUAUCUUGAGGUAGGGUUAAGUACUGAAUGUAUUGAUACAUAAGCUUGGAUGGAGUCGUUCUGUUAUUGGUCAUGGUUUACAAUACAUCCACAAGACAAGGUGAUUAAAUGGAAACAGAUUCUCAAAGCAAUAUUAACACUCCAGUACUUCUAGUUACUUAUAUGUGUAAAGAAGAAGUGUAAUAGUUAUACGCAACAUUAAGGUUUAUUACCAAGGUUCAGGAGUUUACCGUUUGGUUUUUUAAAAGUGCAUAAAUUCUGUUUACUCUCGUUCUAAGUGAUUGCUUUUUUUGAAAAAAUGUGAACUACAUCGCAUUUCCCGCUAUUUUUCUUCACCGACACUCAACAUAUUAUCUUCCUUUUAUAGGUGCACCAACCUAACAAAUUAGACUUUUUUAAACUAACUGAAUAAUUUCUCAAAAUUUACUUCGAGAUGUGGCUUUACUACAGUAGCUAUAUAUUGUUUUGGUUUUUAGAUCCAAAAUGAAUGAAGAAAUGACUACUGAAAUAAACGUUUCUGAUGUAAAGUCUGUGGUGGAUGAGAAAAUCGAAGCACAAAUUACUCGGCUGAUUGAAGAACGUGACGGUCUACUAAAUACUGGUGUUUACGAAAAUAGUGAUUCUUUAAUUGUUGAUCUUGAUCGACAAAUCAGACACCUUUUAGGGAAAAUAUAAUUCCAUCUAUUUGCUUUUUAAUAAAUACAAAGCUGCUUG